GAAGCCGAGCGGGCGGCGGGCCCUUCAGCCGAGCAGUUGUACACUGUCUAACCGCGCAGCGGCGGCUCUGGACUUUCCCACGCUGCCGGUUUACCCGAGUCGCGCUCCCCGGCCACACCUACUUCCGCUGCCGCCGCCGUUCCUGGGUGCUGAGACGCAACCUUCCAGGCUGCCGGUAGCAUCUGUUGGAUCAGCGGUGAGAGGGACCCUGCUGCGCGUCGUGGGAGCCAGCCGGCCGGUUGUGCGGCGGGCGGACCGGCCGAACUCCCUCGCGUGCCCUCCGGUUGGUCCGGGAGGGUCCGGGCACCGCCUAGACGGCGACCCCGCCGGAAGCGCAGACUGGCCUGGACCCCGCGCCGCAAACGGGUGGCGUCAUGAGACACCUGCCCUACUUCUGCCGCGGCCAGGUGGUGCGGGGCUUCGGUCGCGGCUCCAAGCAGCUGGGCAUCCCCACUGCUAACUUUCCUGAGCAAGUAGUAGAUAAUCUUCCAGCUGAUAUAUCCACCGGCAUUUAUUAUGGUUGGGCCAGUGUUGGAAGUGGAGAUGUCCAUAAGAUGGUGGUGAGCAUAGGAUGGAACCCAUACUACAAGAAUACGAAAAAGUCCAUGGAAACUCAUAUUAUACAUACCUUCAAAGAGGACUUCUAUGGGGAAAUGCUCAAUGUGGCCAUUGUUGGCUACAUCAGACCAGAAAAGAACUUUGAUUCUUUAGAGUCACUUAUUUCAGCAAUUCAAGGUGAUAUUGAGGAAGCUAAGAAACAACUAGAAUUACCAGAACAUUUGAAACUUAAAGAAGACAAUUUCUUCCAGGUUCCUAAAAGCAAAAUAAUGAAUGGCCACUGCUGAUAAAUCAUCUUAUUUAUUCAUUCACUGUUUUCUAGUAUUUGUAUUUCACUGCUCAUAACUACUCAGUCUCAUGUUGGCUGUAUUUUAAAAUUCAGUUAUUUUCCUAUAGCUGUGAAUUAGUUUAAACAGUGCAAUGUAAUUACUGUAUUUAUGCUUCAGCUGUUAAACCCAUCAUGCCACAGUACUAAAAAAUUAAGAUUUUUUUUUGUUAUAUGUUAAAAACUCUUUCAAAGCUUUAUAAAAUGCACCACUUAGAGAGGUCUUAGGUUUCUUACGAAAAUAAAGCAUAUGUAAGUGUGGGUGAAGGGCAUAUCGCUAGUUUGAGAUGAAACAUAUGAUUUCUCAUGGUAAAAUACCAGUGUGUUUGUAUGUACUUGUAUAUAGCAUGUGCUGCUAAACAGAGCAGGCUUGUAGAAGUAAAUGCAUUAAACAGGUUUGGUAGUCUAUUAUAAACCUAAGAGGAAAAAUCCAGACUCUCUAUUUUUGAUAAUUGUGCAUUGAUUUUUUUUCACAUUAAUAUAUUUUAUUGUGGACAUGAAGACUUGUGAAAUUUCAUUUCAAUGAUUUCCUUCAUGAGGUGAAAUCAUUGUACUCUGUUCCAAAUUGUCUUGACUUCCUCUUUCCACUACAUUUUUUGUUUGUAUUUUAAGACAGAGAUGAAUGUUUUUCAAAUCUGUAAUCCUCAUUUUUGUGUCGAAUAAUACUUUUUUCUCCUUUUUAAGAGGAGAUAGUCUUGUUCUUCAACAUUUUUCUUGAGUGGUAGUUUUUUCUUUAGACAAUUGUCAGUGUCAAGUUUUUCAUUUUGUUUUUUCCAUUUAGAUUAGCUUACAACUGUACACUUACAAGGGAUUGACUCUAUCUUUACCAUUCCAUCCUUUCACUAUAUGAACAGUAUGGUGAAUCUGCAUUGCACUUUUAGGAGAAAAAAAACUUCUUUAGGUUUCAAGAUUUAAUUGAGCAUAUAAUGUAUGCCAGUUUCUUAAAGAACACAAAAAUCCUUGGGAUUCCCCUCCCCUGAAAAUAUUUAAGAGCCAGUUCAACUAGGAAGGAGCUUGAAAGUUAUUUAUUUUUCAUGUAAUUAUGUGCCUGAGAAAAAUCUUAACUCUGUAGUUGUGUAUGUUCAGUGCUAGUCUAAGGAAUGCCUGUAGCUUGGGGGAAAAGCAUAAAUAAUAAAAUUCUAGUUAAAUAAUCUUCAUCUCAUACAUUUUCCUUCCUACUAACUAUGUGAUUUCUGACUAUUUGAGUUCUUUUUGUUUAUGUAAGCAAAAAUUUGAAAUUGAAAUUUGGGAAAUUAAGGUUACAGAUUGCUUUGGUCCCCUGAAUGAAAUAGUCAUUGCGUCAUUGUUCUCUUUAGCACUGAUUUGCUGGAAAGGAGGGGCAGUUUAUAGAAAAUUUUAAAGGUGAAUAACAACUCAUCAUGAAUCAGUUUUCCCUAAUCUGUAUAAAUGAGUUAGAAUAAAGUAAAUAGAAAAACAUCAAGUCACAUUCAAUUAGGGGGAAACAUAGAUAAGUUCAGUUGGUUGUAUCUUACUUUAUGGUGUGUGACUUUGUGGCAAACCAGUUUGUGGCAUUUUUCAUUUCUUUAUAAAAAUAUUUUAAAAAUGUAAUUUAAUGUUAAAAAUAAAAUACUUGAACAAAA